GUUUCUUUAGUAGUUUUUAAUUUUAAGUUAAGAACGGUUCUAUUUUCGUUUGCAUUACCAUGAUGCAGUACGGUAGAAUAUUAGUUAUUGGAAAUUUACUUGCAACAUUUGCAUAUGCUGCUGUUGUUCCUCUUUCAAACUCAAGUGUUCAAAACAAUUUAAUUGAUGAAACCAAAAGCCACUGGUGGCAAACUGCUUCAUUUUAUCAAAUUUAUCCAAGAUCCUUUAAGGACAGUAGUGGUGAUGGUGUUGGUGAUUUAAGAGGUAUCGCAGAAAAGUUGCCAUACCUUAAGGAGAUCGGUAUCACAGCGACAUGGUUGUCUCCUAUUUUCGCAUCUCCUAUGGCAGAUUUUGGCUAUGACAUCUCAAAUUUUUACGAAAUCGAUCCAAUGUUCGGAACAAUGGAAGACUUUGAAGCGCUUAUAAAGAAAGCUAAUGAAGUUGGUGUAAAGAUUAUCUUAGAUUUUGUUCCAAAUCAUUCCAGUGACGAAUGUGAAUGGUUCCAAAAGUCUGUUGAUCGUGAUCCCGUAUUCGAAAAUUUUUAUGUUUGGCAUCCUGGAAAAAUUGUAAAUGGUACUCGAAAACCUCCAACUAACUGGGUGAGUAUUUUCCGGGGAAGCGCAUGGAAAUGGAACGAAAAACGCCAAGAAUAUUAUUUGCAUCAAUUUGUGGAUAAACAACCCGAUUUCAACUACCGUAAUCCUACUGUCAGACAUUAUAUGAAUGAAAUCUUACGAUUUUGGCUGAAAAAGGGAGUUGCCGGUUUUCGAUGCGAUGCUGUACCAAACGUUUUUGAAGUUGCUCCAGAUGCCGAAGGUAAUUAUCCUGAUGAGCCCGUAAACGAAGGGGCUACUGACCCAGAUGAUCAUGGAUACACAAAACACAUCUACACUAGUGAUCAACCGGAAACAAUAAAUUUGGUCUAUGAGUGGAGGAAGGUAUUAGAUGAUUUUACAGCUGAGAAUGGAGGAGAUGACAAGAUUUUAAUGAUUGAAACAUGGUCUGAAAUCGACAUUGUUAUGCAGUAUUAUGGCAAUGAAACUGCUGAAGGUGCUCAAAUGCCAUUCAAUUUCCAAAUGAUAUCUCGAUUGAAUAGUAACUCGAAUGCUUAUUACUAUGCUGAAACUAUAAAUCUCUGGAUGGAUAAAAUGCCCAAAGGUCGAACAGCGAACUGGGUUUUGGGAAACCACGACAAAAAUCGCGUUGGUACUCGCUUGGGGGCCGAACGAAUUGAUCUGUUGAACAUGUUACUUUUAACUUUACCCGGCUGUAGUGUAACUUAUCAAGGCGAAGAAAUUGGUAUGACCGAUGUUUGGAUAUCAUGGAAUGAUACCGUUGACCCACAAGCUUGCAAUGCUGACGAAUCAGUGUAUUUAGAAAAGUCGCGAGAUCCUUGUCGCUCACCAUUCCAAUGGAGCGAUGAAAAAAAUGCAGGGUUCACAACUGGUUCCAAAACUUGGUUGCCUAUUUCAGACUUGUACCGCGAUGUAAAUGUAAAGAAGGAACGUGGAGUACAGCUCAGUCAUCUUAAUGUUUAUAAAAAAAUGCAAGCAUUGCGUCAUGAUAAGACUAUUAAAAAUGGUGACUCCGAAGUCAAGCCAAUCAAUGAAAAUGUUUUAGCUAUUAAGAGGUCACUAGCAAAUUACCCAACUUACGUCAUAUUGUUGAAUAUAAAUAAAACUGUUGAGACGCUUGAUUUGCAUGCAGUUUUUAAUAAUUUGUCAACCGAAAUGGAAUAUGUUAUAGUCACAGCAAAAUCAAUUCGUCGAGUCGGAGAUAGGGCUUAUGCAGACCAAAUAAUUUUGCUUCCAAAUGAAGCAGUUGUUUUGAGGACAGUGAAAUAAACCUAAGAAAAUAGAACAAAAUAUAUUCUUACUAACAUUAUAGAA